CUACACUGACGACGACGAGGAAGAGGACGACCAAGACGAGGAGGAGGGGAGCUUCGGUGGGGGCACCCGGGCUGCCGCCAUGCCCAAGCCGCCAGCGGGCUUCGUGCUGGACGACCAGGGAAGGUGCAUCGCCGCCGCCUCCAAGCGCAUCGUCACCAUCAUUGAUGACACCAACAACCGGCCCUUGGAGUGCAUCAUCAGGAGGGUGUUCCGAAGCACGCUAGACCACGACUGCAUGCUCCUUUGCCCAGUUGACAUGUAUUCUACUAAUUGCAACUCACUUAUUAGUCACUAACUAGGCAUAUGCAUCUUCCUCAAUUUUCUCUAGCUGCCACUCAAACCCCCCUCCCCCUCCCAUUCUGAUCCUUGUCUCUUUCAGGCCUGUGCAGGUCCUUAAGAGUGCCAAUUUCAGUGGCUGGAUUGCUGUUGAUGAUGACCAGAUUAAGGAAAUCAUUCCAUCCGUUGCAUAUGCCCUCGCUAGAGUGCAUAUGCACUUUGUAGAGAGUGGAUUUUGUUAUACAGCACGGGGUGGCUUUUGCUUUCCUGAAGACGCGAUUCAAGAAUUUCAUGAUUCUGGUGACGGCGGUGAUAGUGUACCUUUUGAAGGUGUAGAGAUUUGUUGUUUCAAUUUGGAUGGCGCACAUUAUAUGAUUUAUACACCAGUUGAUCCUCUUCUGUUCGUUGCAGUGAAGGAUAAAGAUGGCGUGCUACGCAUUGCUGAAGAUGAACUCAUGGACGACCCUGCUGUUGUCGGUGCCAUAGACGAAGAGACAGAAUUCACAGCUUUGGUGGAGGAGGAAGAGGCCCUUCUUGAAUCGGUGCUGGGUGAAAGAUGACCAUGCCGCGGCCUGUAUUGAUGGUCGAUCAGAGGCGGAGACUGCAAUGGUGGGCGUCCAUCGAUCAUCAUUCCCACCCACCAAUUAAGUAGCAGAAGCAAGCUCCCCGCAAAAAAAAAAAAAAAAAAAAAAAAAAGAAGGUAGCAGAAGCAAGCUAA